AUCAAAGCAAGCAAUGACAAAAGGCCAGGUUACUCUAUUUCUUGUUCUUUUUGUUUAGUAGUUCUACUCAUUGUGCACUACAGGCAGGGUCAAAGCCUCAGAGUACGGCUUGUGCCAAUUGUGUGCUUGAUGGUGAACUCCAUCAUUGCACAAUCAACUGCCGAGCCCAAAGACCUUGCAGUACAGCACUGUGACAUCUUCCGAAGGGCCCACUGCGGCCCGAACUCUACACUUUGUUAG